GCGCGCCUGGAGGCUGAGUUCGGUGCCGGGAGGGUCCCGGUGGCCUAGGAGUGCCGCGCCCGGUUGCCAAGGCAACCCCACGCGGCCGCAGAGGCCGGCGCUCGCAGCAGGGCCAGGGCCGCUGCCGGAAGUGACGCGAGUUCACCUGCCGAGCGGGGGCGGGGAGGAGGGGCGGAGGGUGCAGAGGUGUCGCCGCCGCCGCGAGCCAGUCGGGAGCGCGCGAGGCACGGGGAGCCUGGGACCCGGAGCAAGAGCCGCCUACCUGCAGCCGCCGCCCACGGCACGGCAGCCACCAUGGCGCUCCUGCUGCGCUUCUUGCUCCUGUGCGGAAUCGUGGGUUUCACUAGAAGUUUGAGUAUCACUACUCCUGAACAGAUGAUUGAAAAAGCCAAAGGGGAAACUGCCUAUCUGCCAUGCAAAUUUACGCUUAGUCCCGAAGACCAGGGACCGCUGGACAUCGAGUGGCUGAUAUCACCAGCUGAUAAUCAGAAGGUGGAUCAAGUGAUUAUUUUAUAUUCUGGAGACAAAAUUUAUGAUGACUACUAUCCAGAUCUGAAAGGACGAGUACAUUUUACGAGUAAUGAUCUCAAAUCUGGUGAUGCAUCAAUAAAUGUAACGAAUUUACAGCUGUCAGAUAUUGGCACGUAUCAGUGCAAAGUGAAAAAAGCUCCUGGUGUUGCAAAUAAGAAGAUUCAGCUGGUAGUUCUUGUUAAGCCUUCAGGUACAAGAUGUUACGUUGAUGGAUCAGAAGAAAUUGGAAGUGACUUUAAGCUAAAAUGUGAACCAAAAGAAGGUUCACUUCCAUUACAGUAUGAGUGGCAAAAAUUGUCUGACUCACAGAAAAUGCCCACUUCGUGGUUAGCAGAAAUGACGUUAUCUGUUAUAUCUGUAAAAAAUGCCUCUUCUGAGUACUCUGGGACAUACAGCUGUACAGUCAGAAACAGAGUGGGCUCCGAUCAGUGCCUGUUGCGCCUAAACGUUGUCCCUCCUUCAAAUAAAGCUGGACUAAUUGCAGGAGCCAUUAUAGGAACUUUGCUUGCUCUAGUGCUCAUUGGUCUUAUCAUCUUUUGCUGUCAUAAAAAGCGCAGAGAAGAAAAAUAUGAAAAGGAAGUUCAUCACGAUAUCAGGGAAGAUGUGCCGCCUCCAAAGAGCCGUACGUCCACUGCCAGAAGCUACAUAGGCAGUAAUCAUUCGUCCCUGGGAUCCAUGUCUCCUUCCAACAUGGAAGGAUAUUCCAAGACUCAGUAUAACCAAGUACCAAGUGAAGACUUUGAACGCACGCCUCAGAGUCCGACUCUCCCACCUGCUAAGGUAGCUGCCCCUAAUCUAAGUCGAAUGGGCGCGAUUCCUGUGAUGAUUCCAGCACAGAGCAAGGAUGGGUCUAUAGUAUAGAGCCUCCAUGUGUCUUGUCUGUGCUCUCCAUGUUCCUUUCCUUUUUUUGAUAUGUGAAAACCUAUUCUGGUCUAAAUUUUGUUACUAGCCUCAAAAUAUAUCAAAAAAUAACUUAAUCAGGAACUGUAAGGAAUAUAUUUUUAAAAAUUUUUGUUUGGUUAUAUUGAAAUAGUUACAGGUAUUAAAGUUAGUAAAGACAAGUUUACCAUCUGAAAAAGCUGGAUUUUCUUUAAAAGGUUGAUUAUAAAGGUUUCUAAAUUUAUCAGUACCUAAGUAAGAUGUAGCACUUUGAAUAUGAAAUCAUAGGUGAAGGAAUUGGUGAACUUACUUGCAUACCAAGUUGAUACUUGAAUAACCAUCUGAAAGUGGUACUUGAUAAUUUUUACCAUUAUUUUUAGGAUGUGUAUCUCAUUUAUUUAUGGCCCACCAGUUUCCCCCAAAUUAGUGCAGAAACAUCCAUGACAAAAUUACUUAUGUAUGUUUGUACUUGUUUUUAUAGCUCCUUUGAAAACUCUGUGUUUGGAAUAUCUCUAAAAACAUAGAAAACACUACAGUGGUUUAGAAAUUACUAAUUUUACUUCUAAGUCAUUUAUAAACCUUGUCUAUGAAAUGACUUCUUAAAUAUUUAGUUGAUAGGCUGCUACAGGUAAUAGGGACUUAGCAAGCUCUUUUAUAUGCUAAAGGAGCAUCUAUCAGAUUAAGUUAGAACAUUUGCUGUCAGCCACAUAUUGAGAUGACAGACACUAGGUGCAAUGGCAGGGAUUGAUUUUGUUGGUGAAUAGUCUCAUGCCUUGAGAUCUGUGGUGGUCUUCAAAAUGGCGGCCAGCCAGAUCAAGGAUGUAGUAUUUCAUAGUUCCCAACUAAAUACUGGCUUUCCACUUUAGGUGAUAUUUUUCUUAUUAGAGAAAUAUUAUAACUCAUUUAUUGUUUGACAAUUAUAGAUUGAAAUUUCCUAAUUUAUUCUAAAUUUUAAGUGGUUCUUCGGUUUCAGUGCUUUAUGUUGUUUGUUUUUGGAUGGUGUUACAUAUUAUAUGUUCUAGAAACACGUAAUCCUAAAUUUACCCUCUUGAAUAUAAUCCCUGGAUGAUAUUUUUAUCAUAAAUGCAGAAUAAUCAAAUACAUUUUAAGCAAGUCAGUGUCCUCCAUCAAUUCUGUAUUCCAGACUUGGGAGGAUGUACAGUUGCUGUUGUGUGACCAAACAUGUCUCUGUGUAGUUCCAGCAAAUCAAGCUGAGCUUCAAAAACGUUUGAGUCUUAGUUUUGUGAAAGUGAUUUAUUCUUAAAAAAAAAAAAAAGAAAAAAGAAAAAGAAAAAAAGAUAAGAAAAAGGAGUUAAGGGACUACUCCUCCUUGCCAAAUGUGCUAAAUAUCAUUUUAGGAGAAGAAAGUGGAUUUAUUGUAUUUCCCUUAAGAUUGUGAGGGAGUGUGGAUAUAGUAGAAUGAGCCAACAGUCUCUUUAUAAUAAAUACGGUCUGCAAUAAAUUCUUUCACUAGCUCUAAAACCUUUCCCUAGAUUUUAGUAGGGAGUUGGUUUCUGUUAAUAUCUUUGGGUGCUGUGGUGGUAAAUGCUACAUUAUAAACAGUGGCAUGUAUUUACGGUUAGAGUAUUGUGUGUACACUUUUUAAUGGUAAACUUAAGCUGAAUGUGUAAUGAAUUUGUGUAUAGUUUUACAUAUUUGGAAGCAUUUUAAAAAUAGGUUUUAACCUUACAUAAAAUUACUUUUAUACUUGUGUUAACAUUUUCAUCUGUGCCUUUUGGGUAAUUUAAUUUCUAUUAUGAAUUUCUGGUGCCUAUGAGCUUAGCUAUCACCUACCUGAAAGGUGCUUAGAGGUGAAGGUACUGUCUCUAAAAACACAUCACUGUGACACCUUUCUAUCCUCACAUUUCCAAGCUUGCCUCUUUUCUGUUCUUUGUGCAUAUCACUUAAGCGAUUGUGUUAUUCAUAAAGAUUUAGAAAUUUCAAUAUUCCCAACACUCUGACUAUGUUUCGGGUUUUAUAACAGUAGCCAUUUUUGAAUGUCAGAUGUUUGGCCUGUUUUAUAUGAAUAAAGUUUAUAAAGUAUUAUUAAAAUAAGUAAAUAAACAGAACAUUAAUAAUAAAAUUUUGGUUCUUCCUAUUCCUGACUUUCAUAUAAUGAACAUUAUCCUAUUGAUCUAAGUAGAAGUUAUCAUAGAAAGUGGACACGUAUAAGACUUUCCUUCCUUUUUUUUUUAAUAACACAUGAGGAACAAGACUUUUCUUCCCAUAUAUUUCAUAUUUUAGAGGACAUUGUUUUAUAGGCUUACGUCUCACUGUAAAAUUCUGUCAGCCAAAUAGUACUGAUAACUUUUCAAGUAGUUCUCACUGAUAAUUUCAGUUGAACCAGAGAUCAAAUAUUUGCUCCCGAAUUACUAUUGGUAAUCAAGUAGUUGAACAAAAAAUUACUAAAGCAUUUCAGUUAGGUCAGUCAAGGACAGUACUGCAUCUUAAUAGCAAAGCCAUUUGAUUCUACUUUAUAACUGAGAGACUUGAUACUAUCCAUCUCUUUAGGUUACGGAAGAUAAUUUGAAGAGAAAUGGUACUUUUGAAUACAUAGUUCUGUACACUUUUUGUUUUUUUUAAAGAGAUGGGGUUUCACUGUGUUGCCCAGGCUGGUCUCAAACUGCUGGGCUCAAGAGAUCCUCCUGCCUCGGCCUCCCAAAUUGCUGGGAUUACAGGGGUGAGCCACAACAUCCAUCCAGUUCUGCACUUUGAAUAUGGAGUAGUUUACAGCUAUUUUUUUUCUUACUGGCAAUCUUAACUAAUAUUAUUCCCUUAUUAGCCUCUCACUCCCCCACCCCCCAAAAUGUCUGUUAUUCAUGACAGUAACCAACUAUUCUGGACAAAUUCCUUCCUUUUAAUUUGAGCUAUCUGCCAUGGACUUUCUAAAAUGGAAACACAGCCUGAGUGUAUCUUAGGGAGAGUGUGAUUGAAAAAAUCCAAAUCACCAUCCAUAUAGAUCAUGGAUAUAAAGAGAUACCUGAUUUUUAUUAAAAAGAUACUUUUUAAAAUUUGAGAGUUAAUCUUGGAAAUUUGGAACAAGUAAAGGGGCAAGUAAACAUUUUGAUUAAAUAUAAAAGGAAUUCAUUGCAUGAAGUUGACUAUCAAAUUCUGUGAUGUGUGGCUUCUUAAAAAUAUUCUCAGUGUCUUUUGUGUGCGUGCAGCAUGUACAUUUGAUGUUAUGUGAAUGUUAAGAGUUUUUUCUUCUAAUUUUCACUUCAGCAGUGUUUAGGGCUUUCAGAUGCCUUAUUCCAGUGUGAACAGAAAAAGUUCGUAUUUUAUGUGGUUAAUGCUUUGAUGUGUCACAUAAAGAGUAGUUUGUAGAAAAUAUUGGCACAAUUUUAACUUCUUAGUGGCUUGUGACAUUAUAUUAUAUAUAUAUGUACAUAUAUCUUUAUAACAUUCCUGUGUUUAGUAGUGUAAAUGUUCUGGGCAAGUUUUAAUAUUUUGAAUGCCUUUGGAUAUUCCAGCAACAAAGGCAUUAUGUUCUGCAAUAGGAUUUCUUACUCAUUUACCUAUUUUAACACUAAGAUAGGCCAUAACUGAGCACAAAUUCCUUUUAUAAAUGUCACAGAAGCAGGGAAGAAUAAUAAACAAAUGUGUGAAUUGUGGUUCAGUUUAUUUAUCUUUUGGGAGGGCUGAUCAUUUAUCUUAUAGCAGAUAACACCAGCCUCUCAUUCACUAAGGUUAACUUUUGUAAAUUAUCUUAUUUUAUAAUUUAAGAAUAUAGUACAUAUCAGUUGGGUUUGGUUUUAGUCAUCGAGACUGAAAGUUCCAUCAAAACAGAACUUCAUGUUUUCUGCUAUCUUAUUUAAUGACAUGAGUUUUAAGAGAACCACAAUUCAUUGAUUCACUUACUCUUUUCCCUAAUUGUGAAUUUUAGUGAUAAAUACACUUGUACUACUGAGAAAAAUAUUUUGACACUCCACGUGUGCAAAGUAUAGAAUUGAUAGUGUCAGUUUCAGAUUUUGUAUGUACGAUUUCUGGCUUAUAUAUCCAAUGGUGCAGAUUUUGAAAUUUGUAAGAACAAAAUUUGUUAAGAAAAACAACUUGCUCUAGUUUUGUGACCUUGUGUACUUUUGAAAUAAAAUCGAGAAAGCGUUUCUCUGC